UUUUUACGAUUCGAACACAGCAGUGCACGGAGCCAAAGUUGUUUUUACAGUGUUGUAACAUUUUUUAUACAAUGUACGUCUUCCGAUUCAGAAUUUGAAAGCAUUGCUUCCAUUAGCAACACAGCAACGGGUACAAAGGCGAAUAAAGAAAAAAGACAAAAAAGAAAACCUGAUGCUUCAGGGAUCGAUUCGGAGGUGGAGUUCGAGGAAACAACGAAACAGAAAAAAGUGAAAAAGACCCCAAAACCAAAAUCGAACAGAACGCCCUCCACCGCCGCACCAAACAAGAAGGUUUCGAAGAACGGCAACCCGUUCGAGCUAUUUCCUGAAGAUGAAGACUUAGAGGCGUCCUCGGCAUCGCUGCUAGACUCCUCUAUCGUUCAACGGGUGGCCAACGGUCUGACGAAACGGACACUCGAGCUCGAUGGUGCGUUUUUCGUGGAGUUACGCGUCUACAAAACUGACGACGUGCGCCGUGAGUUACCCGAGAAUAGAUGGAAAAAAGCUCUUUUGUCAAUUAAAGCUCAACUUGACUCAGACACUCCUCCAUGGGAAAGUUUGAUUAAGUUUACUAAGCAUAUUAAAUCAGUUUUUAAAGACACCGAGGCAAAAUUUUAUCCCAAUAAAGAUUAAUUC